AGUGCGUUCCCGGUGUCGGACCCCGAACUUGAAAAACUUAAAAAGGAUUUAAGCGCUCGCGUGGACGCCUUGGAUAAGACAGUGGACAGGGAUGUACAGCAUUUUGAGACCACUAAACUAAAGGACUCGAGUGAGCUCAAGGAACUUAAAAGCACCAAGAAUGACCUUGCACAGUUUAGAGUAGAUAUCAGUAAGGCACAGAUUGCAGAGCAAUUGGAACCGGUAACCAGGAACCUUGCGAGUGGUGUCCCGGCACCUGGAGAUACCGAGUUUGAUAGACUCAAAGCCCAACUAACAGCCCGUAUCAACACACUGGAGGCGAUAGUGGAAAGGGAUGUCAAGCGCUUUGAGACAACUAUCCUAAAGGACUCGAGAGAGCUAAAGGAGCUGAAAGACAGUGAAUCAGAGCUAGCUCAGUUUAAAGUGGACAUGGAUAAGGCUAGGACAUUAGAGCAAUUAGAGCCUGUUCAAAGGAACCUGGUUUACCUAGAGCAUUGGGAACCCGAAUGGGUUAAACUAUGCGCAGCACCGGCGCCCGAUCCCGAGUUUGACAAACUCGUGGCUGAUUUGACUCAACGUAUUGACACACUUGAGAAGCAAACUGAAGCCGAUGUCAAGCAUUUCGAGGAAACAAAACUGAAAGACUCGUCAGAGCUAAAGGAGUUGAAAGGAUCUAUAAGUGAUCUUGAACAAUUCAAAGUGGACAUGAAAAAGGCCACCACUGUCGAGGGCUUGGAGCCAGUGGUAAGGAACCUUGGUUACCUGGAAAAAUGGGAACCAGCAUGGGUGCAACACAUGGAGCACCUAAUACCACCUCAGUAAAUUAUAUUUAAUUAUAAUUUAUAA